AUGGACAAGGGUUGGAAGGCUUGGUCAGUCGUGUUGGCCUCGGUCCUGAUCCAGACUUUUGCCUUUGCACCGACAGAGUUCAUCUUUGGCGUUUUUGUGCAGGAAUACCUCAACAUGUUCCCCACCGCAAGUCCUUCGUCGAUUGCCCUAAUUGGCACCAUAGGAUCGUCGACCACCUUCUUAGUCGGGUUCUUCUCUGGGGCAUUCUCGGAUCGAUGGGGAUACAGAGUUACGUCUGCUAUAGGAUCCUUGAUCAUGACAGCCGCACUCUGCCUAGCCUCCUUUUCAACUACGCUGUGGCACCUCUAUCUGUCCCAGGGGAUCCUCUUUGGAAUCGGCGCCUCUUUGGUUUACUUUCCAGCUAUUGCAGCACCUACACACUGGUUCGAGAAGAAGCGUGGACUGGCUAUGGGUAUCGCAGCCUCUGGUUCAGGACUAGGUGGAUUUUUUUUGGCGCCCUUGACUCAGUUCUUGAUCGACCGAUUUGAGGUGCGGUGGACCUUGCGAGCCCUGGGAGUAUACAGUCUCGUCAUCUGCGGAGGCGCGAGUUUACUGUUGUUCGAGCACGACAAUUCUGAUGGAGAACAACGAUGGAACGAGGAGAAGCAAUACAGGAAAAAGACUAGACAGAGUUUCAUCCUACCAGAGUAUACCAAGGGGCUACCCUUUGCAAUCCUGGUUAUCUUUCAGUUUAUGCUAUCGAUGUCCUACCUCACCCCGAUCUACUUCAUGGAGCUCUACAGCACGCAUAUCGGCAUCUCGAGGCAGAUGGGAGCGGUGAUCAACGGCUGGUUCAACGGUGCAUCGUUCGUGGCGAGGAUUGUAUCAGGCCUCUUGGCGGAUUUGGUGGCAGCCGAUGUACUCCUUCUGGUCUGCUCUUGGUCAUGCACGCUGGCGAUCUUGGUACUAUGGACAUUCUCAAGGUCCUUUCCGAUUUAUCUCAUCUUCGCCAUCGUCUAUGGGAUCACCUUCUCGGGAAUCACCACGGUAACCCCGGUCAUUGUCGCGAACCAAUACGGUCCUCGACAGGUUUCUGGAGUGUUGGGGAUUGUGUAUGGGUUCUCCUGUUUGGCGCUGGUUGCAGGAUCGUUCAUCAGUGGGCACAUCCUGGAGCUGUCUAAGCCCUACAUCGACUACUUGCCGGUGAUCAUGUAUUCUGGCAGCAUGUUUGCGGUCUCUGCUCUUUUUGCCACCACGUGGGUUAUACUCUUGCGGAGGCAGAUGCGGCGGAUGCAGACGAUAUCUUCAGACAAUAAGGCAUACAAGGAAUAA